CGGCUAACUAGCUAGCGGUUCAAAAUCUGAAUUCAUUCUUUACUUUUAUUAUUUUCGGUAAGGUAAACUUGUUGUGAGUUACCCCCAAAUAACGCCGAUAAUUACUAGAUAACACACUUUGCUUAAUCGGCGUACUUUUCUGCCAAUUUAUAAUUUAUCUUCGUUGUGCCGCGUUACUAUGUGUUAAAACGGUGAAUAUUUACACAGAACCUGGUUCUGUUAACAAACGGGAUGAGACCAAAUCUGAUGCUACAAACAUAAUCAGUUGUUAAUGUGAGAUGAGCUAACGCUUCUUCUUCACAUAUGUCGGGGUGCUUUCUAUCUUGUGUUGUUAGAUCUUUGAAGAGGGUAACGUUUAAUCUCUUCCGACCAAACAUUUUAGAUCGGAACUAUUAAAUGCAUUCGUGCCGGAAACCUAAAAUCUACGACGACAAACAAAUCACACAUUGAACAUUAAUUUCAAAUGAUCCAAUAAACAAAUAAAUAAAUAUAUAUAUUACAUGCAAUUUACCUCAAAUUAACAAACAGCUUUAAAAGUGGUCGGAACGAGUAGUUAGAAAACCAAGCGACGCCCCGGAGGGUUCCUGCUUGACAACAUCCGGUCGUGUGUCAGGUCAAAAUGCUCGCAUUGAGAGGCUUUCAGAGACUAAAACCUGUUUCAUCACCUCAUGGAAACACAAGUUUGAGGAGUCUGACUGCGGCUUCAAAUGUAGUCCUGCAGAAAGAAGACACGCUUGUUAAAAUGGAGAACCCGUUCAAAGAACCGCAGAAAGGAUGCACUCUGUGCAAGGUCACCGUGGACUACAAGAACAUCCAGCUGCUGUCUCAGUUCAUCUCACCGCACACAGGCAGAAUCUACGGCCGACACAUCACAGGCUUGUGUGGAAGGAAACAAAGAGAAGUCUCAAAAGCUAUAAAGAAAGCUCAUUCAAUGGGUUUCAUGUCUGUGACCCACAAACAUCCACAGUUCAUGAGGGAUCCCAACAUCUGUGGUAUCAAAGAUCUGGAUUAGUCUGUUUGUUCUCUCUCGUGUUGAAUCUGUAAUCGUUUUGUUUAUUAAAGGCUGAAGUCGCUCUGA